AUGCAGGCCAAGUCGUUUGAUCGUUUGGCCAACUCGGAUGUCAGGAUCGUCAUGAUGGGACCGUGGUCAAACACGUGGUUACAGAUUUUUGCUGAAGUCGCUACACGCCUAAACAAGCGCAACUUUACCGGUUUGUCUAGACAUCACGUGAGCAAAACGUUGGGGCUCAUCUCACGAAAACUUGACUGCGAAGUGCACGAAUUAUCGGACGUAUACGUUUGGGGUAAAAAUUUCAUGGACAUAGCCGAUGCUAAGAAAAAAACGAAAUUUGAACCGAGAAAAAAUGAAUUACAGUGCACCGUGAAAACGCAGAACGUCAUGGAUCUUUUAACUUCGAAUUGGAUCGACGAUUAUUUCACACCCCAGUUUGAAGCGAUGCAAACCACAACGACCUACAGACAUCGUGUUAUAUCGGCCGUGUGCCAUCACUUAAUCGACUGGUAUCGGGGCACCGAUGACAGGACAGUGUGCAUGACGAUUUCCGUACAUCAACCAGAACAGAUCAACGAUGGCUUUUUCUCGUCGUAUCCGGUGGUAAUCGGCAAGUCCGGCCAAAUGUCCGUUCGACACAUUGAAAAAGAUUCACAACAAUUUAUAAAACUGUACAGAUAUUUGGAAAGUCAACAAAAAGAAAGGUGCCUUAUUCGCAAUUACAUCAAGUGAGAGUUAAAGAAUAUAUACCUACCGUUAAAAAUACAUGUUGUGAAAAAAUUACACACAUAA